GAAAAGCAGCAGCGAGUAGUGGCAGGUCAGGACGUUGCAGUAUUUUGAAAAUCAGUUGCAGAAUUUUCCCCGAACCGUUCGGAUGGUUCCGCGCGUAACGACGGUCGUCGCCCUUGGAUGCGUUCCUCUCCUUCAGACAUCUGCUGCUGCUACUGGUGCGGUGGUGGUGAUGGUGUAAUAAUCAAUCCUCCGGGGGGAUUAAUGUUCAUUAGAGGAAAAAAUUGAUCGGAUCGUCGUCUGGUGAACAGCUAUUGAACCGCCCCAUUUCGGAUUAGUUUGCGUCGUUGUGUACAUGGGAGGUGACUGGUCCGCGUAAUUACCUGAAUGCAGAUACUGCGGAUCCUGACGUGUCUUGGUGGUAUUAAAGGAAACCAAUUUUCUCUCACGUGCUGCCAGUAGUGAGUGUAGCGUUUUCUGCUGUUCACAGAGCGGAAGACCGCGUGUGGGAAAAUUUCUCGGUACACGGCGGCGGCGGCGGUGAAGAACAACGGGAAACGUGACAUCCCGUGGUCAGCAAAGAGCACGGUGCCAAUGGUGAUGAAAAUUUAAUCAUAAAUGCUAUAAAUAUCCCGACAAGCGACAAGUUUGUGAUUUGUGCGCUUGUGGAGCUGCCUCUCGUGAACGCUCCUCCGCUAGGCAGUUAAAGUUGAAGGUUGGCCUGUGUCGUAACUUGUGUUUUGAUUUAUCCGAGCUCGAAAAUCAACAUACGUGCAGCGAAGCUCAUCAGAGUGAUUGGAAUCUAUAGGUGUAUCUCCUGUUGACAAAUCCGUAGAGGACAAAUUCUGUGUACCUCAAGCGGCGGUCGUUCUGUGUUCAGAAGAGCUAUUCGCCGUCCAACGCUGUGCUCAAUAUUUGGAUAACUACGGGUGGAUAGUACGGGUGACUACCGGGGUGGGUAGUGGUGGCUCUGCUUCGACGACGACGCCAGUUUGUCCCACGGAGAAGCUUGGCUUGGCACGGCAUGAAAUGUACACACAGUUUUUGGCAACCGUAACGAUAGAAAAUUCUCCAUACUGCAGAUACCAUUCUGGCUUCUGGUUUCGGCUGGGUGCACAACAGCAGUAGUACUGGAGUCAAACUCAUCGGACGAGCAACUGUACGGGAGCGAAUGGGAUAACAUUGAAGACGCAGAACGGGUUCAUGAGCUCCACAAAACCGGCAUAAAUCGUUCCUAGCAAUCAUCUGGCAGAAGCCGUCCAAUACGUCUGUCUCAUCAGUUACCGGGUAACCAAAAGCAUCACCCCGUGCGUUGGAAUAGAUAUUACUGUACGAACAACCGGUUUGAUAACAGUUUUCUACAUUUCCUAACAAAACUGAGUCCGAAGGUGAAAAGUUCCUGAUUUUGCUUCGAAGGCAGCUCAAGAAGGUGCGAAGGUCUUUAUUGUGCAACGAAGAUCGAUAAGUGAUUGAAAUUGGCCAUUUUUCCCCUGCACUUGUGUGUCAAUAAUCCAACGAAAUUCAAGUGAAGUGAAGUUCUCCUCUCCGUAUCUGCAAUAUUCCUGUACAUAGGCUCGAAGUGGUGGUGUACAUAGUUCUCUCACUAGAUAGGUCGAGUGUUGUUGUGAAUGGGAAAACAGGAAGGAAGCAAAUCGGUCGGUAAUUCAAUUUUCCACGAAGAAAGUGAAUAGCAGCCACCCUCCGCAAUAGAGCCAACCGAGCCAGUCAGUGGAACGAGGCUUUCAAAAAAAAAAGGCGUGCUAUAUCGUGAAAAUAGUUGUAGGUCACGCCAAUUUCAAUUCACGUAAAAUAGAUUCCGUCAGCAUCAUCAUCAAAAUGAUCAACAAAAGUUACCUGGUAGUUCCGCUGUUGGGAUUGCUCGUCGGGUAUGCCGCUGGUCUCGAAGAGGACUGUGUGGACUUUCAGGGCAACUCGGUGGCGCACGGUUUGCUGUAUGUGCCUGGACCGGGCGUUUGCAGUCUAUGCGUGUGCUACCACUCGGAACCACUCUGGUGCAAAGCAAUCUACUGUGAUCCACCCUAUUUUUGUAAAAAGUUUCGCGUAGGAGAACGAUGCUGUGAAUUCGAGUGUUUGGAUCCGCCCGGCGAGGACGAAAUGUACCAGGCUCGAUUGCGAAAGCGUGCCGAAAUCCUAGCUGGCAACAGUGCCAACCAUCCACUGAAGACGUCCAGUACGGUGAACUACCUGCUUGGGGUGACCGCCCUGCUAGUGAUAGUAUCUACCAGUCUACGACACAGGCUGUUUCUUUCGUCUUAGCUUUACCGCAAACAGCGCUGACACUGGAGGAUGUUGCCUAUGAUGCAAAAUGUUUUAUUUCUGUUGUGUUUCACUUUUUACUUUACACCGAUUUGUUCGAGGCUCUAAUUCCAGGGAAAGGAGAAUCAACUUUCAUUAAUCUAAGAAAACCACUAGAAAGUAAAUCGAAAAACAGAAGGAGAAAUUGCGCAGCUGUUGGUAGGUACAACCAAUAAAAGUCUAAACAAUGAAGAAGAAUGGAUACAAGCGAGAAAAUAUGACUAAGAAAAAAACAAACGCAAAACAUUUAGAUAGAAAGAGGAAACUGUGAAGCGUGAUAAACGGCACAAUUGGAAACGAAAACAAGAAUCAACGGUAGAUAGGAACAAGGAGGGAGAGCACGUGGUCAGUGCGAUAAUGUGAGAACUGUAACGAAUCGAAACGAAGCAGUCGAUGGUGACUAGUCGAACACGUUCACUCACAUACACAUACACAGUCAAGUCACAUGUGAAACUUUAAGAAGCUUUAUUUUUUGUAUCAAAUCAAACAAGAACAAGAAAAUAUAAAUAAAGAAAAAAAAAAAAGACGAUAGAA